CUCUCGUAACGCCGGACCACCAAUCGAGUCUUCUAGGAUGCCUUGACGAACUUGUUUGACGACCACUUCGGAAUCACCUUCGACUAUCACGCGGGUCAAGGAUCUUGAGGCUACGAUGGAGAUAGCAUCUCUAAAGACUAGAAGCUCUGCCAGGUAAGGAUUGACUAUUCCUUGAAGCUGCAGCCCAAACGCCAACACCACAUGCCCGUCUGACCCACGGAUAACAAGCCCAGACGAACAACUAGUGGCACAAACAGCAGCGUCGAAGUUUUCUUCUCAAUUCAAUUUCUCACAAUUCAUCUACCAUUCCCAAAUCCAAAGCGUGCAACAAACUUUGCACCAUAAUCAUUUUUUCGUCCAAUUGAGACAAAACUUAACAAACUUACAGCUCAACAUGGAAUUGAUGUUAAGAUUUGCUACUGCUAAUCUUAACAAAUCUAAUCUUACUAGCCUAAACAACUCGGUGAUUACUAGUGUUCACUGACUCGUCACUGCUAGUUUCAACCAAAUUUUCAACCAAAAGGAUAUUUAUAUUAAGUGAACUUGGAAGUAAUUGACUUGCCACUGCAAUCUCAACCAAAUCUUCACAAGCAUCCUUUUCAAUUUAUCAAUAUCAAUUUUCUUCUUUCGAGUUUUAAGUAUAGUGUGUGCCCGGACAAAAUAUGGUUUCUACAUUAGUAAAUAUAUGGUACCAUAUACCAUUAGGAAGAAAACUCUAUCUAGACCUCAAAUUAACCGGAUUUUCGGUCGUGAGACUAUACUCGCAAUGGAGUCACAAUCUAGCGUCUAUGUAAAAGCGAAAUGAUGUGUAAAAACGGAAGCGCCAAAGCAAAGCAUAAAAGCGUAACCUAUUAACAUCAAUAAAUUUGAAACAAAUAUAUAUAUAUAUAUAUGGUGUCGUAUUCGGUGCACCCACUUUUUCGGGUGCACUGAGUGCACCCGCCUCAUAAUUGUCAUUCUGACCAUGCGAUUCAUGUCAAUAUGGUAUCAAUUGUUGCUUAUGAUAUUAUGAAUAAGAAGCACAUGAAUUUGAAAAAAAUUCAUUCAAAAUUUACUUUAAUUUGAAGGAUUUAGGAUUUAGGGAUUUAGGGUUAGGGUUUAGGUUUAUAAUUUGGGAUUUUGGGUUGGGAUUCAAAAUUGAAUGUUAAGGGGUUAGGGAAAUGGAUUAAUUUGUUAUGAUUCUAUGUCAUAUCAUCAUAUUAUAUUGAGAGUACUAAUUAAAGUUCAAAAUUUGAUGUAUUAUUGACGCUUUUAGAGUUGGGUGCACUGAGUGAACCCAAAAAGUGAGUGCACCGAAGUAGGCACUAUAUAUAUAUAUAUGUGUGUGUGUGUGAAAAAUAUAAAUAAAUAAGUGAACUUGCUAAUAUAUUAAAGUUUCCCCUCGCAAAGAUAAACUAAAUUAAUUGAACUUUAAACAAGAAUUAACCACCUUCAUGCUGCCUUCGAGAAAAAUAAGAGAGGAGGAAACAAUCAGCAAAUGUUGAGUCUAUGAGGGUUAUAGGCAAGCUUCCCUAAUAAGGGUCUUUGAUCCUUAUUUAUUUUAUUUUACUUUUGGAACACGGUUCUAAAAGUUUGUAAUGCGGGUCUAAAAAUUUGGAACGGUCCAAAUUGAAUCAACCCAUAGAACACCCCUACAAUAUUGUCCCAAACUCGGACAUCAAAAGACUAAAAAAUAUGUGGAUUUAGUAGGUGCUGAAACUUUAAAUCUAAUUUGGAGUCUUAAUUCCUGCCGCCCGGAUUUGGCUGUGUAUAUAAACCUUGAUCGACACCACUCUCCGUUGAGUAUUAACUUACAAAGCUUUUUAACUCACAGUUCAAAAGCAGAAGCAAAUUUUCCUCAACAUAUAAAUUUGUAGCUAUGGCUUCGAAAGCCUGUAUUUUGUUGUUCGUGUUAGUCGCUGCUUGCCUUCUAGUCUGCAGUAGCUCUUCGGGGCUCCGACUUUCAGCAACCAAGUCAUCACCGCUCCCUUCCACAGCUUCGGUUAAGGUUGACGGCGUCCAUCAGGUGAUUUCACGAUCGGUGCAUGCAUGCGUUCUUUUUGACUUCCUGCCAUGUUAAUGAAAAAGUUGGAACUACGCAGCAGCUUGAUAUAUAUUGUUAAUUAUAUGAUUCAUGUACGUAGUUAACCAGCCACACAAAUAUAUCUAAUCUAAUCUAAUCUAAUCUAAUCGUGUAUUGGUUUUAUAUAUAGGCGGCCAGUGACACCUCCCCGCCAGCACCGUUGUCUUCGAAUGUUGCGGGAGUAAACGGAGAUGAAAUUGAUUGUGACGGUGAGAAACCUCAUAAAAAACAGCAUGACGCACCAUCUCCCGGGGACGACAACUAAUACAUAAAUCUGAUCAAACCAAUACAUAUGGACACCAAUCAAGAUUGUCGUAGUUUCAUGUGUCAUACAAAUAUACUGAAUUAUGUGGACCUCAUGUUUCAUACGAUUCACACUUCCCAAGCAUUACAAUAUGUGUCGUAAUAGCUAAUCGUGUGACAUAUAUACUUACUAUAAUAAAAAAGGGUAUGCACAACCCAAUUUUUCUCUUAAUCUCAGUUCUUGCGGUUUGAAUCAUUUUCAAGUUGUAGUUUUCAAUGUUGAAUGAGUAGCAAACUCCUAUCUUCCUUAUUUAAUUGCCAAGUAAUUUUAUCAAUAAAUUUGCUUAAAACAUAUUUAUUUUUUGCUUGAUUAUGCUCGUGUACAUGAAAUAACACAAUUACAUUGUUAAUGAAAGAUAAUAAAUUUAUUCUUAAGUAACACAAGAACAAGAUUUUUUUUAAUCGAAUAGGUUCACGAUAUGGUAUUUAAGUGUUUCACUCAAUGUCUAUUGUUUUUUUUUUUUUGUGAUAUGGGUAUCUCAGGUUGGUCUAACAAUGAUAUUUUUGUAUAUAAAAGCAGGUUGAAAAUUGUACAUAGUAGUAUGUAUUAGAACUUUUGCAUGUCGGAGAGAUAUUUUUUACACGAAAUAUAGUCGACAAUUUUAUGUAAUAGUUAUGAAAUUCAGAAUGACAAAUGUUUUAGAAUCUGUUGAAUAUUAAAAAUAUCACAACACGGACAAUUGCUCACUUCCAUUAGGUUUUUACUUCAGAAUGCAACUUUUUAUGUGGAAUGUGACAUUAAGUUUUCCAAAACGAUGACAACUAAUUGCAUUUGUGUUUCCAUAAACUCAAAAUUUUCAAUAUUUGGUUCAAAUGAUCAAUUAGUUAGAAGUCAGCUAAAAAUAUAUCGUCUAUCAUUUAUGAUAUGGUUUCUAAAAUGAUGCUGGUCCUGAAGCAUCAAUUUCCUAAAGGGAAACCAAUGACGACUCGUGUCAAAAGACUUUGUGAGAUGUGACGAAGAUGAAUAACACCAUCACGAACCAAUUCGGAAUAUAGUGAAUGUGGACCUCUAUGUGCUUCGGGCGGUUAUGGAGAACCAAACUCUGUUAACAUGUUAAGAAAUGAAAUAUGAACCACAAAAACUCGGUUUUACCUUAUAUCAUUGAAAGGUUCAGGACUAAUCCAUGGGAGAUCCUAAAGACUCUCCUAGCUGUUGAUAGUUGUUGCUUGAGGUUGAACAACAGUACAAAGAACAAAUAAGAUGUCACCGAAGUUGAGGAGUUGGGAGCUAACUUCACCCAAAUCCAAUGUGAUGUUCAAGAUUUGGGGGCUAGAUUGGCAAGCUUGGAGAUCGGAUAUGAAGGGUUGCAUGAAGAGCUUUUGGCACUCAUCAACAACACCAUCUCUACCUCAAUGAACAACGCGAUUGAAGUUGGGAAAGGAGACUAUUCAGGCUGAGCUGGCCAUCAUGAAGGAGGAGAUUGGAGACCUCAAGUGUGAGGUUACUCUUGUGAAGAGGGCCAUGGCUAACGGACAUGCCGCGGUGCAAGCCACCUCAACCAUGGAUAUUCCAAGACCAAAGAGCUUGAAAGGGUCGAUGAAUGCAAGGGAGUUAGAGAACUUCCUAUGGAGCUUGGAGCAAUACUUCAAAGCUUUGGGUAUUCGAGAUGAGAAUACCAAAGUAAAAAAUGCACCUCUUUAUUUAAGUGAUGUUGAUAUGUUGUGGUGGAGAAGAACCCAAGGCGAUAUAAGUAAAGGGACGUGCGUGAUGUUUUGAUAGAAUGAAUAUAGCUAUCAUUGAAAUGAGCUUUUCUAGCGGUGCAAUGUCAAAAUUCUACCAAUACUAGUCCAAUAACAAAUACUCUGAUUUAUAAAAACAACCCACGAAGUGAUCAUAUAGAACCAAACAAUUGUUUCUCGGUCCACACUUCUACUAGCAAUGUUCGAAUGAGGACUAGGACCACGAACUUAAUUUCCUUCCUUUUGCUACUAUCUUGCUCCAUCAAACACCUUGUAUCGACAUGCCCUGCAACACUUGGAAUUAUCAUAUGCAGAUUUCUAAAUUUCCAACCAGAAUGAUGCAUCACUCAUUCUGCUCGCGGGACAGAUGCAUAAAUCUCGAAUCUUGAAGUCACAAAAUGAGAGUGCAGCAAACUAAAAGUAUAAAGCCCAAAAUCCGAA